AUGCUUCAAGACUGUGAUGAUUUGCAACGACGAAAAGUAGACAAUCAUGAUACUGGAGAGAUGUCAUGGCAGAGUAAUGAUUCCUCAUGUAUGAAUAAUAGCCUGCAUUCAAAAGAAGAGAGGAAUGAUGAAUUUCAAAAUUUCAUUUCAUAUUUUCCAGUUCCGAAUUUUGCCAAAUACUUUUCGUUGGAUGAUUUCGUCAAAGAUGACGAUACAAAAAUUGAAAAUUUCAUAAAUAGUGUUGCCUUUUGGGAGGGAAGGUUUGCCAAUGCCAAUGGUGUUGGUUUGAAUUGUGCAACAGGAUUGACUUAUGAUGGUCAUCAAAUUGACCAUAGUACAUCCGAUAUUCACGAUCCAUUACAUGAAUUUUCUUCUCCAGCAAAAGAGGCUCUUCAUUUAAAUAUGAUUGCUUUGGCUUUAGACGGAAAUCCUACGGCUAGAUUAUUCUUUGAACAUUCACAAAUCAUUAUUGAAAAACUUGUUAAUGAGAAUGGAAAAAGGGCGAGUACAGAAUCUUUGCUGCCAAUGAAAUUACACUUGACACCCAAUACUGAAACCUACUUACUGGACCUUUUAGAACGAAAAUUCGAUAGCUAUGAAACGUUUGAUAAGAAGUAUCCAGGCUUUGGCUCCCUGUUACCAUGGUUUAAAGUUAAAGACGAUGGAGCUGAUCCACAACCCGAUUGGGCAAGUAGAAUUCCCUCACUAGACAAUGGCCAAUUUAUUUGGUCUCUUCUUGCUCUGGAACAUGUAUUGAUGAACACAAGCAAUUUCUUGAGCGAGAAUGUUGCAAAUCAGCAGAACAUUUUGAGACGACAAGCAUUGGCCACAAGAAUUCUAGAGAAAAUUAAAAAAAUCAAAAAGACCACAGUGACGAUGUUUUAUCAUGGAGAUGGAAAAGUUAGAGCUAUUGCAUACAUUAAGGAUAUUUAUGGUGAUCCUUUAAAUGCCUCUAAUUACAAAGGAAAUGGUAAAUCAUUCAUCAAUGACCCUUACGAAGGAGAAAUGAUGACGACGUUUAUGGCACUCAUGUGUCGUUGGAAAGAAAUGGGAUACGACGAAGAGGAGGGAGAAAAAAUUUGGAAAUUCAAACAAUCAAAAUUGAAACGAACUAUUUACAAAUCCAAGUUAUUUGGAGACAUACCAGUGGAAGAGGGUUACUGGUAUAGUUCACAUGAAAAAUGGAAAUACCUAGUAUUACCUUACCUAGAUAGUGAUAUCAAUCGGCGAGUUUUCAUGAACGGAGAGAAAGCAAGAUUAAUUCAUUCUAUUGAAAAUAACAUUCCUGGUUUAUUUGCGAGUGUGACGAAACCAACAACUCAUGGUAGAUAUUAUCCUAAAUAUGCGAGCGAAUGUGGAAUACCAUCAAUUUCCUGUCAGAAAGUUCUCUUUGAAAAUAUUGUCACUCCAUAUGCAUCAUUUCCCACAAUUCUUGCUCACAGAAAUGUCGGUCUUGCAUGGUAUUGGAUGAUGUUAAAAGGAAGCAAAAUGCAAGGCCUCUACGGCAGCACUGAGUCCAUUACAGCGAAUGGAAAGAAAAUUUGUCCAGUUCUUACUUGGGACUCUAAAAUCACAACUGUGGUCGCUAUUUGUGGAGGCGUCUCAAAGUUCACACGUGAAUUUAUGAAAAAACAAGGUCUCUAUGACAAAUUUAUAUCUACCAUUAAUCGAGAAUGGGGAGCAGUAUUUAAUGAUGGGAAUGAGCAAAACGAAUUCAAUGACUCACAAUUUACCGCCACUGAAGACAUUUCAUUCACCAAGUUGCUUCCACAGAAAUUUCUGCCGAAAAGUCCAAGAGAGUUUGAUUUUGUACAAACCACGAAAUCAGAGAAAGAGAAUGGAAAGAGCAAAAAGAUCAAGUAG